AUGACUGACUUGACUACAGGCUAUUCGCUAUCAAAUUCGCCCCAACUGAAGCGGAAUUCCAAACGACAAGAUUCAUAUUCGAGAGAUACAUUCCGCAAUCAACAAAGCAUUAAUAAAAGACGUAGUUCAUCAUUUACAUCUACGUCAUCUCCUUGGUUCAGGCGUAACUCGUUGCUAUCACCAGCUAUGGUACAAAAUGAAAAUAUUUCGGUGUACGACUCUCCAAAUUACUAUUCUCAUAGCUCUAGCUAUAAUAUUAUCUCGUUAAAGGAAUGCCAGGGGUUUAUAUUUAACCAGGAUUUAUUUGCAUCACCUUACCAACAGCAGAAAUCGCUUGCAAACGAGAAGAAAAUGAGGGAUAUGAGCGGGUCUAAGUCGUCAUCGAAUUCAGUACUGGGUUCUAGGUCAGCUUCGAGGUCUUGUUCUCAAUCACAAGCAAGCUCUGCUGCCAAUACACCAUCGUAUUCGAGAAUGACUUCGCCAAAAUCACAACAGAGAAGACACACUUCGUAUCACGAUCCCAGGCCGUCAUUUUUAUGUGGAGCUGCCGGUGAUGAUAAUGCUAUGAUAGAUGAUGACGAUCAUGAUGCAAAUGAAAAUGCGGACGAAGAAUUUCCAUUCGAAAAUACUUCUAUGGAGCUAGAUGAAAUAGAAGAUCAUGAAGAUGUUGUUAUUGACGAAUAUGAAGAAUUUGAGCUGAUGGGUGAAUACGGUGACUCUACGAAUAGAAUGUACAAAGUUCAUGUUACUGAGAUCACUGUUAAUGAGAAUGACAAUAGCAUUUUUCCAAGUUAA